AUGGCAUCCGUGUCGAGCCUGGACCAGGACAUGCGCAAAUUGCGUCUGGAUCGCUACACCCCUGGCGCUGCAAAUGAGAUACGAGGAUGGAUUGAGAAUACUCUCGGCGAAAGACUUGCGCCAGGUGAUCUUAUGGAAGCACUGCGGGAUGGUGUCGCUUUAUGCAAGUUGAUCAACCUGGCAGUCUCGCCUAAUAUCAAGUACAAGGCCUCGAACAUGCCCUUCGUGCAAAUGGAAAAUAUCAGCCAUUUUCUCAAAGCCUGCGAGAUGCCACCUCUCAAUUUGCCCGCGCAUGAUCGUUUCUUGACAGUUGAUCUUUACGACAAGAAGGAUCCCGCUCAAGUGUUACAGUGUAUCGCUGCUUUUAGCCGGAGAGCCAAUCAAGUCAAUCCUACCAACUUUCCGACCACGAUAGGUGCAAAGAGCAAAGGAGGCGCAUUGAGCCCAGAAUCGACUGGACCUGGCUCAAGCCCAUAUUCUCCCAAGGUAGUGGGAUACACGACCAAUGCUCCGAAGACAAAAACUUCGCCUGCAACCACAUUCAAUCCAUUGAACAAGGCCGCCUAUGCAAGUUCGGGCCGAACGAGCCCUACCAAAAGCGCCAGUCUAUCAAGAGGCGGGUUAGCUACGGGAGGGUCAAUCAGUAGCUGGAGUACGGAAAGUGACAGAAACAAUACCGCUCCAGCUUGGAAUACGGUUCAAUAUGGUAGCUUCGCCGGACCUGACCAAGGCAAGCUGGGUGUUGUGUAUGGAGGUAGACGCCAGAUUACGAGUACAGCGCCAGAAGUACCUUCCUUAGUCGAGAAGGAGAAGCGCCUUCGCGAAAAACUUGAGCAAGAGAAGCAACAGUUGAGAGAUAACGAGGCACGUCUAAGAGCGCAGCAAGAAGCUGAAGAGGCGCAAGCCAAGGAAGAAGAGGAGAGGAAAUGGCAAGAGGAAACAAAUCGGCUGCGUAGGGAGGAAGAACUUGCUCAACAGCAGGAAGAAUCACGAGGGCUACGAGAAGAACAGGCGAGGAAAGACCAGGAGGCUGAGGAGCGUCUCUCUGCCUCGAGGAAUCGUCAAAGAACGACAAGUGACGCGCGCCUUAAUGGUCAAUUUCUUAGCCAGUACCAUGCCACGCAGAAACCUCAACCCGCUCUACCUAAAAGAUUGGAACCUCAACUAUCAGCUGAACAGCGCAGAAUUGCUGAUCUGGAACGGGAGCUCGAAGGACUCAGACAGCAACAGGCUACGACCACGCAUGAGAGACGACCGCAAGAGCAUAUUUCACUAGAUCCCUCAACCGUGAAGGUCGAUGAUGAGCCGGAUCCACAGCAACGUCCAGCACUGCCAACAAGACCUUCCAACAACGUGCAGACAGCCCAUGAAGACGACUGGGACGCAUCUGAACGAGACUACCUUCGUAAUGCGCACAAGGAAUACUCUUCAAUAGCUGCAGAGCACAGUCUACCUCCCAAACCACCACGACCUCAGCCCGCCGAGCCAGCUCGACCAUUACCAGAUCCAUCUACCUACGCACCGAACACUACCCGUACGUCACGUUUUCUCACCACCAACCCUGCACCAGCGCCUACGCAAGCUAGCCAGCACACUCCCAACGAGGCGUCACAUGGCACCACUGCCGAGAUCGAUGCUGAGAACGCAAGGAGACUAGCAUCACAACAUAGUACUCGUGCAGGUGGCUGGGCAAGCAAGAGCUUACUGGAACGGGAGAUGGAGCGCGAACGUGAAAGGCAGAGGGAAUGGGAGGAGAGUCAGAAGCAGACUCAGACAGCGGCAAGAGACAUCCAAGAAGGUAGUGCGCCUGGUCAGACUUGGGAUGUUCACCAGUAUGGCUAUAUUGGGGGUGAUAGUCAGAAUCGUGGUGGGCCUGGUCUAGGUGCGAGUGGUGCCAGGAGGCAGAUCAUCGGUCCGAGACCUCCACGAUAG